AUGGCAGCACAAAGUUCGGAUGCUUGUCCUUCUGAAUCCUCUAACAUCUCUGCCACCUCCCAAGGGAUUGAUAACAACACAAGGGACAAUGAUCUAGCUUCUGAACCGGACCAAGCCUCAAAUUCCAAUAUUAAUAUGGAAAGUAUGUUGGAUUUUGUGAAGCUCUCCAACAACGAUGUUUCAUCAAUUCGUUGUUCUUCCAACGUGAAAGAGCUCGAUUUUUUCAACACUGGGAAGAGGGUGAUGGGAUCAUCGUCAAUUUGGACUAAUAAUAAUGUUGAUGAAGGAAAAGAUGAAAACACUGAAGAAAAAGAAAGGACUUCAGAAUCGAAAACUUUCUCUUACAAUUUUUGCAAGAGAGAGUUCUCGUCCUCUCAAGCCCUUGGUGGGCACCAAAAUGCCCCCAAACAAGAGCGUGCGAUAGCAAAACGUCGCCAAGAAAUGGACACGGGUGCUUUUGGUCACCCUCACUUUCCAUAUUACCCUUACCAUAGCUGUCACGCCCCAAAAUGA